UUAAUCAUUUAAUUCAGUUCUUGCAUCAAAGAAGAUCCAAAAUGACUUUCCGAAUUGUUGCCCUUUUGAUCAUGGUGACUGCGUUUGCAUCUCUAACUCAGUCUUCACCACUACUGAUAGGUCAUGGAGUAGAUAAGGUCCACGACGCAUCUGGAGAUGGAGAAUCACAUCUAACAAAGGAUGAACUACUAAAAUCUCACGACACAUUUGGAGAUGGAGAAGUACCUCUGACAAAAUAUGAGCUUCUAAAGGCUCAUGAUGCAUUUGGAGAUGGGGAAUCACAUCUGACAAAAGAUGAGCUACUAAAAGCUCAUGAUGCAUUUGGAGAUGGAGAAGCACAUCUGACAAAAGAUGAGCUACUAAAGGCCCAUGAUGCAUUUGGAGAUGGAGAAGCACAUCUGACAAAAGAUGAGCUUCUAAAGGCUCAUGAUGCAUUUGGAGAUGGGGAAUCACAUCUAACAAAGGAUGAACUACUAAAAUCUCACGACACAUUUGGAGAUGAAGAAGCACCUCUGACAAAAGAUGAGCUUCUAAAGGCUCAUGAUGCAUUUGGAGAUGGGGAAUCACAUCUGACAAAAGAUGAGCUACUAAAAGCCCAUGAUGCAUUUGGAGAUGGAGAAGCACAUCUGACAAAAGAUGAGUUACUAAAGGCCCAUGAUGCAUUUGGAGAUGGAGAAGCACAUCUGACAAAAGAUGAGCUUCUAAAGGCUCAUGAUGCAUUUGGAGAUGGGGAAUCACAUCUAACAAAGGAUGAACUACUAAAAUCUCACGACACAUUUGGAGAUGAAGAAGCACCUCUGACAAAAGAUGAGAUUCUAAAGGCUCAUGAUGCAUUUGGAGAUGGGGAAUCACAUCUGACAAAAGACGAGCUACUAAAAGCCCAUGAUGCAUUUGGAGAUGGAGAAGCACAUCUGACAAGAGAUGAGCUACUAAAGGCCCAUGAUGCAUGUGAAGAAUCAGAUCAACCGGCAUUUGUCGUGACAUAUGAAGAGGAUCCUUCGGUUAAUCCCAAAACAAGAGGAUUAAGUGAAAUUGUUGAUGGUAUACUCACAGUUGGAAAUAUAGCUAAAGGUGUUAUAUCAGGUGUUGAAAUUGUUAAGAAAGUCGUAGGUCUUUGAGAUCCACCAGAAGUUAUAAAUGUUGUUGUGCCAGCACAACAACAACCAGUCAUUGUUCAGCAACUAGGGAUUACUGUUUAGUUAGUAAACAAACAAAGAAGUAUACUAAAGUUUUUGUCACAAAUAAAUAUAUACUAAACACAUAA